AUGAAGGGCCAAAGCAACAGAUUUGUUAACCACUGCGGGGAAGCCUACGACAUGGGAGUUCCCAGCAAAAAAAAGGAGAACGACGACACUGUGGGAUUCUUCGGACUGUGGCGGUACGCGAGGUGGGACGAGCGAUGUGCCACGAUGCUGGGCGCAGUGCUGGGCUGGCUAUGCGCCGGCGGGCUGGUGUUGGCCUUGCUGGCCUACGGCGAGAUCACGGCUCUCUUCGUGCAGCGUCACCGUGCCGAAGAACCAGCAUCAGACUCCUACCUGUUACAACUCUUCGGCGGUGGGCGCUGGCUACCUAACGGCGAACGUCCGCAACACAUGGACGCGCUAGUGGAGGACUCGUUGGCGUUCGCGUGGGCCAGCGUCGCCAUCAUGGUAGCACAGCUGGCGGCCGCCACUGCUGCCGUCACGCUCUGCAACCAUGCUGCUGCCAGAAUGAUAGCUCGACUGCGCUGGCGGUUGCUGCGCGCAGUGCUCAGCCAGGAAAUUGCGUUCUUCGACACCAACACCACCAUGAACUUCGCCGCCUCGCUCACCGAAGAGACGGAGAAGCUGCGGCAGGGCGUGGGCGAGCAGGUAGCGAUGAUCUCGUACUUGGCUGGCUCCGUGACUCUGAGCUGCGCUUUAGCAUUGUCGUACGGCUGGCAGCUCACGCUGGCAGCCCUGGCGCUCGUGCCCCUCGCUAUCCUCGUGGCAGCCCUAGUUGCUAGGUACCAGACGCGCUGGUCGGGCGCGGAGGUGGCGCGCUACGGCGCGGCCGGCCGCCUGGUGCAGCAGGCGCUGGCCGCCGUGCGCACCGUGCGCGCCUACGCCGGCGAGCAGCUCGAAGUCGACAGGUACGAGGCAGCGCUGUCGGAGGCCGCGGCGGCCGCGAAGAAGCGCGUGGCGUGGGCGGGCGCGGGCGCGGGGCUGGGCUGGCUGCUCACGUACGGGCUCAACGCGGUCGUGUUCGCGUACGGCGCCGCGCUGGUCGCCCGCGAUGUGCCGCUGCCACCGCCCGAACGCGAGUACCACCCCGGCGUCAUGGUCACCAUACUGUUCUGUACGUUCAUGGCGGCACAAAACAUAGCGAUGUGCCAGCCGCAUCUGGAGAUGUUCUCUGCGGCGCGCGGCGCGGCCAAGUCGCUGUUCAAGCUGCUGGAGCGACCCUCGCGCAUUAACGCACUCAGCGACGUGGGCAACAAGCCAGACAGUUUCAAGGGAGACAUCGUGUUCGAUAAUGUCUAUUUCAACUACCCUUCACGCCCUGAUGUGAAGGUGUUGCGUGGACUAAGCUUGCGCGUGAAGGCUGGCGAGACAGUGGCACUCGUGGGAGGGUCGGGAUGCGGCAAGUCCACACUGCUGCAGUUGCUGCAGCGCGCCUACGAGCCGGAGAGCGGCACCGUCAGCGUUGACGGCCACAGCCUCGCCAGCCUACACCUGCACCACUACCGCCGUAGCAUCGGUGUGGUGGGACAGGAGCCGGUGCUCUUCAGCGGCACUAUCCGUGAGAACAUUACGCUGGGGAUGGACAACGUGUCGGAAGAAGACCUCAUAGCUGCCGCGAAAACCGCACAAGCGCACAAGUUUAUUAUGAAGUUAACUAACGGGUACGACACGAGUCUGGGCGAGCGCGGCGCUCAGCUGUCGGGCGGGCAGAAGCAGCGCGUGGCCAUCGCGCGCGCGCUGCUGCGGCGCCCGGCGCUGCUGCUAUUGGACGAGCCCACCUCUGCGCUGGACCCCGCCUCAGAGCGACAGGUGCAAGCUGCUCUAGAUGCCGCUAGUGUGGGGAGGACAACUUUGGUGGUUUCUCAUAGACUGUCGACGAUUGUGAACGCGUCGCUCAUCGUGUACAUGGAGCAGGGCGCGGUGCUGGAGCAGGGCACGCACGCUCAGCUGCUAGAGCGCCGCGGCGCCUACUGGCGGCUCGUCAACGACGACCUCACGCAAAAGAGUAUAGAAAAAACUUUGGCUGAAUCUGUCGAUGAAGAAGAGGCAGAUGACAUAGUUGUAGAGAACAAACCGCAAGCACUAAGACGCAACAGCAGUGUUUGUUCUACUCGAAGCAGAAUAGGUUCGACAGCACGCGAGAUGUUCGUGCGCAGCAGCCUGCGGCUGGCCACGCCGCCGCGCGCUCUCGCGGACCCGCCGCACGUCGAGGGUGAGGAGGGUAGCGAGGCAGAGAGCGGCGAGCAAGUGCCGUCGGUGUCGAACUGGGAGCUGCUGGAGUUGAACCGCGCCGAGUGGCCGCUGCUGGUGGGCGGCGGCAUCGCCUCGCUCGUUAUAGGCGCCACCAUGCCCGUCUUCGCUUUUCUCUUCUCCAAGCUCUACGGGAUGUUCUCCCUGGCGGAGCCUGCGGAGAUCGUGGCGAAGUCGCAGGUGUACGCGGGGGUGUUCGCGUGCGUGGCGGCGCUGAGCGGGCUGGUCACGUUCCUGCAGGCCUGGCUGCUCGGCCGCGCCGGCGCCAAGCUCACCGACCGCCUCCGCCUCCUCACCUUCCGCAACUUUCUCGCACAGGAGCAAGGAUGGUACGACCUGCCUGUAAACUCGGUGGGAGCCUUGUGCGCGCGACUCGCCUCGGACUGUUCGGCGGUGCAGGGCGCUACAGGAUCUCGUUUGGGCACGAUGCUGCAGGGUGUGGCCACGAUGGUGCUCGGUGUGGGGCUCGCUGUAGUGUACUCUUGGAAAAUGACACUCGUGAGCUUGCUCAGCGUACCAUGCGUGAUCGGUGGCAUCUGGCUGGAGGGCGUGGUGGCUGAGCGUGCAGAGGAGCGCGAGCUGCGCGCACUGCGCGGCGCCGCGCGUCUCGCCACCGAGGCCGUGCUCAACGUGCGCACCGUGCAGAGUCUUGGCGUGGAGCUGGCGAUCCUGGAUCGAUACACGGAGACUCUUCGUGAGGCCGAUAAACAGGCACGAGGUGUGCGCUGGCUGCGUGGUCCGGUGUACGGGCUGUGCCUGUGUGCGCCCACGCUGGGCUACGCCGUGUCGCUCGCCUACGGUGGAUACCUCAUCGCACGGGAAGACCUGCCCUACGAAUACGCCAUACUUGUGUCGGAGGCGCUGAUCUACGGCGCGUGGAUGCUGGCGGAGGCGCUGUCGUUCGCUCCCAACUUCGCGGCGGCGCGGCGCGCGGCCGCCCGCGUCGUGAGCGCGCUGCGCCGCACGCCGCAAGUGCUCGACCAGCCCGCCGCCGGCGACGACCCAAGCUGGACUGCAACGGGCGAACUUAAAUUCAACAAUAUCCACUUCCGGUACCCGACGCGGCCACAAGUUGAGGUCCUCCAAGGACUUAACCUAGAACUGAGUGCGGGUCGUACGUUAGCGCUGGUGGGGCCCAGCGGCUGCGGCAAGUCCACGCUGCUGCACCUGUUGAUGCGCAGCUACGACCCUGAUAGCGGUAACGUGGAGCUGGACGGGCGCGACAUCAAGCGCGACAUGCGGCUGCGAAUGCUGCGCGCACAGCUCGGGCUGGUGCAGCAGGAGCCGGCGCUGUUCGAGCGCAGCCUCCGCGACAACAUCGCGUACGGCGACAACUCGCGCGCCGUCCCUCUCGACGAGAUUAUAGACGCCGCCAAGCAGGCUAACGUGCACGACUUCAUCGCCAGCUUGCCGCUGGGCUACGACACGGUGCUGGAGGCGGGCAGCGCGGCGCUGUCGGGCGGGCAGAAGCAGCGCGUGGCCAUCGCGCGCGCGCUGCUGCGGCGCCCGCGCGUGCUGCUGCUGGACGAGGCCACCUCGGCGCUCGACGCCGCCAGCGAGAAGUCGGUGCAGAGUGCGCUGGAGGCGGCGGCGCAGGGCCGCACCACCGUCAUCAUCGCGCACCGCCUCGCCACCGUGCGCCACGCUCACACCAUCUGCCUGCUAGAUAAAGGUGUGGUGGCGGAGUGUGGAUCCCACGAGGAGUUGGUGCGUCGACGCGGUCGCUACUGGGAGCUGCUGCAGCAGCAGUCUCACGCGGAGCCCGGCGCUGCGCCCUCACCCAACUGA